UGCCUGAAGGAAGGAGGGAUUUAAGGGGAAAAUAAGUUUUUCAGAGGAGAAAAGAGAGUUUGGAUAGCACUGCAGGCUCUUUUGUCAUUUGCUCCCCGUGGAUAAGAGACGUCUCUUUCACUUUACUCGCGCACUUUGGCAGCGAAGGUUUGACUGGCUCGAAGCUUGCGAGACAGCGUGUGUAAAUAAAGCGAUGUGAUUCUAUUGGCUGGGCAGAGUGCUAGACAGAGAACGAGACUGCUAGAGCGAUAGCCCUGAAGGUUUCAUUGCAAGAAGUGCACCCUGACUGGAUCAACGAGUCUGGAUGCGGACAGCUCCUCCGAAAGCGUUAGCAUGUGCAUUUAAGUAUUUGAGUGUGUUUGGUGCCAGGGAGUCGAAUCAGACACCACAACCUGAAGAAAGACGAGAAGAUGGACCGUGUUCCCAUGCUUGCUCUGCAUGAGUCACGUCCAGACACAAAAAUGUAUGUAUGAAUGUUUAUCUUUGUCACAAGUGCUCAAGGCAUCGUAGAUCUGUUUACGUCUGUUCACACAGUCCUCUCUCCCAGCCUGCUCCUGCAGAACAUCAGGACGUCUCCGUGAAUUGUUUUUUUAAACGAAUUGAGCUCUGCUUUUCCAGGCUUGGAUUUGCUUAGAGGGGAGGACUUGGAUCUUCAAUUUCUGCAUGAUUAACAGACCCCAUGCCCUGCACAUGUCAAGAGCGAUUGAUACUUGCGCUCCAUUUUUAAAACUUUCAUUUGUUUUUGGAGGGAGCCUUUGUCUUGACGGUUCUGCACUAGUGGACUUAAGCUUUGUUGAAUUGUUCUUUUGUCUGAAUUUAGGGUUCUUCUCACGGUGAGAAAACCCUCAGCCCCCUGCUCUGACCCCUCUGUCCCCCCCUCUUUUUAUUCCGGACGAAUCCCCUCCUUCCAUCUCCCCCAAAGGAGUCUUAUCGUCACCUUUCCCCCUGUACUCCCACCCACCUCCUUGUCUUCGCAGAGCAUGUGCGCCUCUUUCCGCACGUGAAGACAGGAUUAAGAGCAUGGAAGGUAAUGCAUCGCACACAGAUACGGGACCAAGAAGAGGACCCAGAAGCAUUCUUAGGGGAUUAUAAGACACCUUUGAUCGUGUGUAACGGUGCAUGUGCUUUUCUGCACGUGCCCUUGUCGAAUUGUCGAAAGAAGAGUGAUAGUGCCAUGUUCCAAGGGUGAUCUUAUUGGUAAUAUCACAGGGUGGGCAGGGGUGGUGGUGCGUUGGGCUCAUCAUGAAAAAAACACGCAGCACCACUCUCCAGAGGGCCUGGCCCAGUUCAGAGUUUUCUGACCGGGCUUCCGAGCGCAAUCGGUCACGGAGCGAGAAGGACUACAGGCUACAUAAACACUACCCUAAACAUUUCUUCUCUUACGCCCCCAGAGGAUUCCUCAUAACAGGUGAUGUUUCUCCUAUCAGUAUGUCUCCCAUCAGCCAAUCCCAGUUCAUCCCACUGGGAGAAAUCCUGUGCCUGGCCAUUUCUGCCAUGAACUCCGCCCGUAAGACUGUCACUCAAGACACUCUCAUCGAGCAUCUAGCAACAUGCUUUCCAGGCGUCCCCACUCCGAGUAUGGAGAUUCUUCGGCACACGCUCAACAUGCUGGUCCGAGAGCGGAAGAUCUACCCCACCCCGGAGGGUUAUUUCAUUGUCACCCAGCAGACAUACUUCAUCACGCCCUCCCUCAUUAGGACUAACAGCAAGUGGUACCACCUGGACGAGAGGAUACCGGAGCGCAUGCAACAACAACCGUGUGCCUCCCCUCAUUCAGGGACCAUGACACCCUCCACAUCCGGAUGCGUCCGGGAGAGAUCUCACCACAAGAACCACAGCGACUCCUACAACAACACCUACCGGGAGGACGUGCCCAGCACACAUACCUCAACCUUACAGAGAAGGUCUAAGGAGCACAAAGAGCAUUCUCCUGUGUCCCCGCCCCCUCAACAGUCAUCAGAGAAAAGUAAAAGUACACUUAGUUUUCCAUUUAAAACAGAGACGAACAGUAAAAGCAAAGAUGGAAGCAGCAGCAGUGGGGAGAAGCAGUCCAAGAAAUUUGGACUGAAGCUCUUUAGGCUAAGUUUUAAGAAGGACAAGACAAAACAUCUAGCUACAUUCUCCGCUCAGUUCCCACCAGAGGAGUGGCCACUGCGCGACGAGGAGACACCCACUACGGUUCCAAGAGAAGUUGAGAUGGAGAUUAUACGUCGGAUAAACCCGGAUCUAACGGUGGAAAACCUGGCUCGCCACACGGCCGUGAUGAAGCGGCUAGAGGAGGAGAAGGCGCAACGGAACAAAGCGAACUCCUCUGCCCAGCACAGCGCCCGCAACAAACGAAGUCGCAGUCAUCGCAAGACCCAGCAGGGCAAGGCCUCACGUUCCCAUAGUAAAACACGGGCGUCCAGGGGGGACCCUUCUGAAGGAUCUAAUCUGGACAUAACCUAUGACAGGGAUUACAAAUUCUAUAGUUCCUCAUUGGUACGUUCUCCGCGUGAAACCAUGAUGUCCAUGGAGCGGAACAGGGGAAAGUAUAUGGUACACAGCAACCCCAAUAUCGUGGAGUCUCAUUUUACCACGGCUCCAGAAUGGGAUGUUUCUGGGGAACUGGCAAAGCGGAGGACAGAGAUGCCAUUCCCUGAACCCUCAAGGGCACAGUCAAAUUCGAAGGUACAUCGAAGUCAUAGUCAUACGCAAGAAAGAAAAUCAAGAAACGAGAGGUCGGACAAGGCCAAAGAGAGGUCACGCUCCAUGGACAACUCCAAGGGACCGCUCGGUGGUCCGUUCUUAGGUGAUCCAGAAGACUUUGAGUGCAGUCCUGAUGACAGAAGUCGAUAUUACACCGAUGACGGUACUUUGAGGGCAUCCGCACAGUCGACCCACUACUCUCGUAUUAUGCACUCUGCUGCUAGAUUGCACUCUGAUGUUUGUGUGCCUGAUGUUGGAAGAGGAACCUCGGAGGAUGCCGUGCUUUACAGGACGCUGGAGAAGAGUAAAAGCAGGGACAGUCUUCCCGCUUACAACGACCUGAAGUCUUGCUCUCCUAAAAUGUCCAUGGAUGAUUAUUUCCAGUGCACUGCAGCGAAUGAAGUUUCUCUCUCUGCCCCAUCUUCUCUCGUAAAACCCAGCCAUGACUUUAUAGACAGCGUCUGGAAGGGAAUCUCCACGGACAGAACGACUCCUCACCUAGCCCCGCCCCACCCUAUGGAAUAUAAAGAGGAAACCGCAAUAGGGCAAAGUAGUAUUCCCAUAGCGAUCACGAGCCAGACUCCCGAGCCGAUCCCCAACGGACGAUUAUCGCACCAACACAAUCCAGACUCUGGUGACUUGGACAACAUGCCUGAGGUUUACGGCCAGGAAACUUUGUUCAAACCCCCAGACUAUGUGGAGAACAGCUUUUCAAGGCCAGGUACGAUAGGUAGGUCUUCUCACACGAAGUCCGCAGAGGCGCUGGAGACUCAAGAGCAUUUCGAGCAACCUCUUCCACUGACCGUGCCACCUUCCUCUGGUCAAGAUCAGGCUUCGUGUGCAGAAAACACUUUUGACUACUACAACGUAUCGGACGACGAAUCUGAGGAGACUAGUCAUAAGAAUAGGGUGCAAGAGAAGGUUCGAGAAGAGGGGGGAACCAUGCAAUGGCUGUUGGAGCGAGAAAAGGAGAGGGACCUGCAACGCAAAUUCGAAAAGAACCUCACCUUUUUAAACCCCAAGCAAGGUGAGGGUAACAACAGCCAAAAAUCGGUUCACUCUACCCGUUUGGACAGUAUGGACUCCAGCAGUGUAACUGUGGAUAGUGGAUUUAAUUCGCCACGCACACGGGAAAGUCUCGCUUCAAACACUUCAAGUAAUGUGGAAAAUAGCAGACGCCAGAAUAUGGCUUUGAGUCCGGGACAUAUCGGCACCAAAAGACCCCCACCGCCCUACCAGCCCCCCAGCUUCCGUACCAUUCGCGAGCCGCCCGCCAGUCGCACCGAGAAACAGGCCUCCAUCACCAGCGUGUAGUGACGGGGACCUGCAGGGGGCGACACCCGUUAACCUGUUCUUUACUGGGACUGUUACAAUCUGACUGACAGGACAUUUCGAGUUAGUGUGAAGAUUAUUUCAGCUGUAAAACAGAAAGUGUUUGGAAACAGUUUGUCAUGAUUCACUGGGGGUAUCUUGUAGGUUUUUUGUAACAAAUACUGCUGCAUACAUACGAGUCAUUUCAUUAGGACAACAUUUGAGGUGAUCAUGUUUGGGAUCAAAUCCUUAAUUUAACACAUUUGUAGGUGUCCUUUAUAGCUUAAUGUAUCCACUACGGGUCGUAUUGGUCUUCUGAUUCAGACUAGCUGCGUUGCCUCUGCCUAUUCGUUCAUUACCGCCGAGCUUCAUUCUGUAAUCUCAGGUCCUUCUGAAUUUUACUAACCUAACUAACUGGAGGUUCAUAUUCGAUGGCCACGAUAAUCUCUGUUAGAGGAAAAUCUGAACAAACUAUAGGUCUCCUCUUCUGUUUUCGAUCAUUUUAUCCUUGUGUACUGUCGGCUGUUGUGGGAUAUCUCUGUAGUUUAAAACUCAAUAAAACACCGCCAUGGCAUUAUUCCUUCAAAAGUACCCAUUUAAAUACUAUUGGUGCUUUAUCAUUGAAUGGCCGUUAUUUAAAAGAUCCAUUUUUUAUUUUCCAUUUUAACCAGGUGCUCUCUAAUACAGAACAAGACACACAUUGCUACCUCCACAAUUUGUACAGUCGCAUAGAGGAAGACAAGUGAUUUCCAUCCCGCAUCUCAGAUCUCUGCUGUGUUAGACGAACACUAUCAGCUUGCAAACUGUGAAUGUACUGCUACUGCUUUUCAGUCACAUCUAGAUCAUUUAUAAUCUUGGUCAUGUCAAAGCGUUAGUAAGAUACUGUUCUCAUUGUAAUAGAGAGACUUUGUAAUCGUAUAGGACCCGUGUAGAAUGGCAUAUCUCUAGCCAUGUUCAAUUAUUUAUGUAUUAUUUAUUAUUUCAAUUAUAUUUUUACAGUUCUUUUAUUUUAAUAGCAAUUCAUGGAAACCACUAGAACAAUAUAUAACUGAUUUUUGACACAUGGGACAAAACAUGUUUUAUAGUUUCAUCUACCAAUAGUAUAAAAUAGCAUUUUAAUAAAAGAUGCUAUAGGAGGAUCGUAACAUAACAUAACACGUACAAUUACAUUUUUACCUUGUUUUUAUUUGUAUUAUGUUAAAAUAAUGACAUUAGACUGAAAAAAAUGCUGGGAUAUUUUAAACCCAGCGUUUGGUCAGAAAGGGACAAACCUAACCGUUGGGUUAAAUCAGGGGUGUCAAACAUACAGGCCCGCAUGAUGAUUUAUAAUUAAAUAUUAAAUACAUAUAUUUAAAACUCUUUCAGGCAGGACGUGUCUAGUUUAAAAAGGCGACAUGCGAAAAGCGGCGAAACGCGGAGAGUUUCACAGAUGGUCGUAGACGGACCUCAAUUAGUUCUAAGCUUGAGUAAUUUACAUGUUAAGUCAAUGCAAAGAUGCGAUUAGACAUCCUGUGGCGUGAUACAUGCGAAAGACGGGUUUCGUGAAUGAAUCGCAUUAACUCAAAAUGUUCAAGCAUCCAUCUACAUGCGAAUAGCGUGAUUUGCAUCUGCAUCUGGUGUGAACGCACACUUAAGGUACAUUCACGUUAUAAGCGACUAGCAGUAGCAGAGCGACGCAAUCUCAUUGAUUUCAAUGGAAGCUCAGUGACAUGAGCGACAAUGACCGUUGACGGCUGGAUGGGCGUGUCCAGUCGCGCAACAAAGUUCAGAAAUGUUUAACUUUAUGCAAAUUAUUAGCGACAUUCGGGAGCGACUACCAAUGAGAACGAAGCAGGGGAGUUCACGUCAUCCGUCUCGCGUCAUUUACUGGGGUGGACGUUACUCAUUUUAUGACAACCAGAGAUAGAAACGCCUCUUUUGAAAGAGACGAGCGACACACAGCGACAAAGUCGCUUAUAAUGUGAAUGUACCUUAAGGCUGCAUCCGAAAUCGCAUACUGUGACAGAUAAAAAUAGUAGGUACUAUAUAGUAUGAAUAUGGAAGUAUGAUAAAUUACGUGACAUACGUCAUCAUAACAAGUUAAAACAAGCGCAAUUCAACCACAAGGGACAGCUGUUUAACUCUUUCACCGCCAUUGACGAGAUAUCUCAUCAAUUAAGAGAAAACGCUUCCCCGCCAAUGACGAGAUUUUCUGUCUUUCCGCAAUACCGCUAUUAUCCACCAGGUGGCGCCCUUCCGCAACUUUUUAAACCCGGAAGUAUUGCCCUAUGGCAAGCGGCUGCAUGUCCGUGUCUGUUUUAAGGAUCGCUCUGAAUGGGAUCUCUAUGAAAAGUCCGUCACAAAAAUGGAAUUAUCUCUGCUUUUUGCUUAAAAUGUGGUGUUUUUACAGAAACCUACCCAUAUUCAAAAGCUGAUUACAAAAGAACCACUGAAGGUAGGAUGAAAUGUUUUUUUUUUUUUUGAAAGCAGAGGGUCUGUUCUUUCAUUUGGUAUAUUGUAUGUUUAUAUAUUUAAAGAAGAACAUUUUCUGGAAGGCAUUAAACUUUGGUGAAAAGCAUGAAAAACGCUGGCGCUGGCUGGCAACUUUUUUUUAAAAACGCUGGCGGUGAAAGAGUUAAUAUAUGUAUUUGCAUUUGAAUAGAGGCGCGUUACCGCUUUCAGGCAUUUUUUAAUAAAAUGCCUCUCUGUCAUCUUGUUCGUUGGAUAACUCCUCUCCAUCGAAUGAACACUUCGGUAUCUUGCCGGAAGUAGUAGGUCAUCCGCGACAUACUACUCACCACGCCUACUGCUUUUCGGCUACUAUAUAGUAUGGAAGUAGGUGGUUUCAGACGCAGCCAAUGGUUUAAAAAGUAAUCCGGCCCUCACAUGGUGACGUUAUUUUCCAUCCAGCCCUCAACCUAAUAUAAAUUUGACACCCCUGGGUUAAAUUAACCCUAAAAUAUUUACAUUUAAUGGAUAUAUAAUGGGUUAAAACAACCCAGCAUAGGUUAAAUUACAACCCAACGGGCAGGGUUCAUCCCUUUUUGAAGUAGAAUGAACUAACAAAAUAAAAGCUGAUAAAACGAUAUGGUUAGUUCAUGUUAUCAAAUGCUUUUACAGCCGAUAACAAGUACAACCUUAUUGUAAAGUGUUACCAAACUUUAAGGGGACGUUUCCCGGACCGGGUUUAUCUUAAUUCAGGACUAGGCCUGAGAUAUAUUAAGACAUUUAAGUAGUUUUACAAAUAUACCUUACAAAAAACAAUACUGGUGUUCAUCUUGAAACAAAACAAUGCCACUGAUAAGAUAUGUUAAUAUAAGUCGUUUAUAAAUUAAGGAAGCUCAAACAUGCAUUUUAGUCUGGGACUAAGAUAAGCCCUGUCCGGGAAACUGCUUCUUAGUGUUAAAAUGAUAUCUCCAAUUAAUAAAAAAAAAAAUGCCAAGUAUUUGACGAGACAGUGCCUGCGUUUUAGUAUCUUACAAAACUUACCAGUUGAACAUUAAACACAUUAAAUAAACAUACACUGUUUAUUUCUCUCUACAUAAACAAAUAUUUUCAGCUUGUUUUGUCCCAGUAGUCAACAAUCGGUUCUUUAUACAUUUUUGGUACGUUUUCAAUUAUAAAUGAAUCGGUCUAAAACAUUUUGUGAAAUGAGGUUUAACUGUACCAUUUAGUAAACAUCUGUCACAAUGUAUCUCUGAGCAGAAGUUCAGUCAUAUAAACUCCAGAUCGGAUUCUUGGACAGUAAAAUGUCACGUUACUAAAUAAACACAUAAACUACAGGCAGGAUUACCUUGUGAUACCAUUUUUGCACUAAUGCCUGUUCUCUGGUGACUGUAAAAGUAAAAAAGGAAGAAAACAUCCGAACGGAUGUGCUGUGAAUAAUGAACAUAUUUCAUACGAAAUACUGAUAGUCCAUGAAAUGUCUUCCCUGAACAUGAUGGAUUUCUUAUGGUUCUCAAUAACAUUGUUCCUUAUUGUGACAUUACGUCAUUCUGUAAGAGAUGGCUAUCUGUCAAGCUGAGUAUAAAAACCUACAAGGGGAAUUUUUUUGGUAAAGUCUAUAAUAUUUCAGAGGUUCCCCAGUUGUGUAGUUGUGCUGUUAAAUGUUUUAGUGUACUAAAUUCAUUCCUUAGGGAUUGUGUAACUUUUUAAGACAAUAAAAUAACAUGUUUAAAUUAAUUAUAACU